CGUCGGAGGCAUCAUCUAAAACGUGAGUGACUUUCCAGCGGAAUCGAGGCUUCCUUCAACAUGCUAGGUUUGCUGUCCGCCACUUUCUUCGUCGGUAAAUUGUUACAGCCAUACCUGCAACUAAGCCGUGAUGAUGCAGCGCCGACAGCCGCCAAACCGUCCAAGAGUCCUCCGCCACCAGUGGCAGCAAAACCCAUCACAGCCACAUCCGCCGCCGCCGCCGCUACCGAGAAACCGAUUGAGAGAGCCCCGGUGCCAGUGAAAGUUACCAGUAUUGCGAAGUCGUCUGCCGUGCCCGUCGCAGUUUCCAAGCCCGCGAAAACUCCAGCCGCAGUUCCGACGAAGCCGAAGUUAGCAGUACCGACGAAGAUGACCGAAGCGUGGGCUCAAAGUCAGUUCGAGAAGUUUUCUUUCGACUUUGAUGAGGCUGACACUGAUAAAAGUGGAAAUUUAUCGUAUUCAGAAGUGAAAGCGAUCUUGGAGAAGCGUGGGUGGAAAGGAACCGAAGAUGAGGCAAAGAAAAUUUUCGCUGGUUUGGACAUGACAAAAGACGGGAAAGUCACAAAAGUGGAAUAUGUUGCUGCUGUUAAGAAAAUCCCCAAAGUAGCGAUGAAAGAGAUGGCGCUACGAAGAGCAUUCAAUAUGUUGGACAAGGACAAAAGUGGCACCUUGACUCGCGCGGAGAUCGCCGGGGCGACGUCGAAAGACUGCGGCCUUGACAUGAAGGCCGAGAAAAUCUCCGACCUUCUCGCCGCUCUAGCCAAGGACGAUAAUCAGAAGUUGGACUACGAAGAGUUCUUGGCCGUGUUUGGCAUCCAGCAGGUGGGCCACGCCAUGGAGGUGGCCUUCAAGCUGAUCGACACGGACGGAAGCGGGUUUCUCACCAAGGAGGAACUCAUCAACGCCGUCAGAGCAGACGAGGAGCUGGGCAUCCAAGCGGAAAAGAUCUCCGCUCUGUUGAACGCGUGGUGUAAAGAUGACGACAAGAAGAUCACAUACAAAGAGUUCGUCAAGGUCUGGAUGGCGCAGAAACCCAAGAAGAAGUAAACACUGUGAUAAUUAAUGUUUUUGUUAUGGUGGAUUGGAAACUGACGUUAUUAUUUAAAGGAAUUUAUCUUCUAAGCACUGUUUCCAUUGGCAGAUUAUGACGACCGAUUUUUACUGGUUGAUCGGAAAUCGAUGUCAUUAUUUAAAGUAAUUUAUCUUGUAACCACGGUUUCUAUUGGCAGAUUAUAAUCACCGAUUAAAAUAAAUUUGUAUUGGUCGAUUCGAAAUUGACGUCAUUUAAAGUAAUUUAUCUUGUAACCACUUUUUCUAUUGGCAGAUUAUGAUGACCUAUUAAAACACAUUCUUAUUGGUUGAUGGGAAAUUGACGUCAUUAUUUAUGGUAAUUUAUUGUUAUUUUGUAACCACUACUAGAAGUAGUCUCUUGCUCAGGGUUCCCAACACACACACACGUACGUUCCUGAACUAUGUUAUUUCUUCCAAAUCCAACCACGAAUGUAACCCAAGUCGACGGUUUACUUGCAUGAAUUAGCGUUAUUCUUUUUAGGAUAAAUACAUGCCACCUCUGUAGAGAUAUAAACUUGGAUAUGCAAUUCCAAAUAGCAAUAUCAGCUUCAUAAUUUCCGUAAGCAUUACACACCAAUAGGCCUGGUACCUUUAAUCUGAAGAGCGCCGAUUAAUUAGGCCUGUUGACAAAAUCUAUACAGAAAUAAACUGCUGGUUUUUUA